AUGGGGCAGAAGAGACACACACACACACCCCUUCCUUGCCCCACACAUACCUUCCUUGCCCUUAUGGUGGCAGGGAGGCUUUACUGCCUAUUCCAGGGGGGAUGUGAGAGGAGGUGUGCAGAAAGCUCUGGCAUGGGAGUGAGCUGCCCUGCACUGUGGAGAAGGCUGUCCCUGUGGCCCUGGCCUCAUCCUUGUGGCAGCAGCUGUGUCCUCUUAGAGAAUGGGUUUGUUUGGGGCAUCAGAGCUGCUUCCUGCCCUGGAGCGCUGCCCACGAUCCCGGAGAGCAGAGCAGGAGGCCUGGGUGGUGGAGAGGAUGGGCAAGUUCCACCGAAUCCUCGAGCCUGGCUUGAACUUCCUAAUCCCUUUCCUGGAUCGGAUUCGUUAUGUGCAGAGUCUCAAAGAAAUCGUCAUCAACGUCCCAGAGCAGUCAGCUGUCACACUGGAUAAUGUCACCCUGCAGAUCGAUGGUGUUCUCUACCUGCGGGUUAUGGACCCCUACAAGGCCAGCUAUGGGGUGGAAGAUCCUGAGUAUGCAGUGACCCAGCUGGCCCAGACCACCAUGAGAUCUGAACUUGGCAAACUCUCCCUCGACAGAGUCUUCCGGGAGCGGGAGUCCCUCAAUGCCAGCAUUGUGGAUGCCAUCAACCAGGCUUCAGACUGCUGGGGCAUCCGAUGCUUGCGCUACGAGAUCAAGGACAUCCACGUGCCUCCACGUGUGAAGGAAUCCAUGCAGAUGCAGGUGGAGGCGGAGCGGCGGAAGCGGGCGACGGUGCUGGAGUCGGAGGGGACGCGGGAAUCUGCCAUCAACGUGGCUGAGGGCCAGAAGCAGGCCCAGAUCCUGGCGUCAGAAGCUGAGAAGGCUGAACAAAUCAACAAAGCUGCUGGAGAAGCCAAUGCCAUGCUGGUCAAGGCCCGGGCCAAGGCAGAGGCAAUACAACUCCUGGCAGCUGCUCUGUCACAGCAGCACGGCAGUGCUGCUGCCUCCCUGUCUGUGGCAGAGCAGUAUGUGAACGCCUUCUCCAAGAUUGCCAAAGACUCCAACACCGUCCUGCUGCCCGCCAACACCGGCGACGUCACCAACAUGGUGGCACAGGCCCUGGGGAUAUACACCACACUGACCAAGCCACAAGCUGUGAAGAACCAGGACGAGACUCCCCCAGCCCACGAGGAGCCCCAACCUGCCUCCAUGGAGAUGCUGAAGGCAGAGCAGGGCAGCUCCAGCUAACGGGGCUGGAAGGAUCCCGCUCCCUGUCCCGAGGUCUGCUCCGCAAAUGGCAGCCCUGUCCUGCCACGGUCAGAUGCUCUUCUUCCCUUAGUCCCUAUUUUGUAUUUGGAUUUAAAUCAUGUAAUAAAUGGUACCGGUGCUGCUGCA